AUGAACGAAACAAAGAAGAGACAGUAUGCUAGACUUGCUCAGCAAUUGAAAGUGUUGCAGUCAAACCUCCAAAAUACUACUGACCAAUUGGAGGUGAUGUCUCGCCAUUGUAAUGAUCAUUUAGUCGGUCAAUUGGGUAAAAUCCAUGCAUCCUGGUUCAUCGGGGGUAAUUGGUGUUUUGAAGAGGAAAUGUUAGGAAAGAACAGGUAA